GGUGCAGCUCGGGCUGCCGCCGGGUGCAAACAGUGCCCCUAAACUCGGACGCCCAGGCGCUUGCCCAUCAGGGAGGCUCAGGCUCGGAAACCCGCGCUCUGCGUGCCCAGGUUGGGAACCUCUGCGCCCUCUUUCCCCGGCCAACACCCCUCGCCAGCGCGCCCCGGGCGCUCCCGCGAGCCAUGGAGCUGGCGGCCGGGAACCUCAGCGAGGGGAACGCGAGCGGGCCCGAGUCCCCCGCCCCGGAGCCCAGGCCGCUUUUCGGCAUCGGCGUGGAGAACUUCAUCACCCUGGUGGUGUUCGGCCUGAUCUUCGCGCUUGGCGUGCUGGGCAACAGCCUGGUGAUCACUGUGCUGGCGCGCAGCAAGCCGGGGAAGCCGCGCAGCACCACCAACCUGUUCAUCCUCAACCUGAGCAUCGCCGACCUGGCCUACCUGCUCUUCUGCAUCCCCUUCCAGGCCACGGUGUACGCGCUGCCCACCUGGGUGCUGGGCGCCUUCGUCUGCAAGUUUAUCCAUUACUUCUUCACCGUCUCCAUGCUGGUCAGCAUCUUCACCCUGGCCGCGAUGUCGGUGGACCGCUACGUGGCCAUCGUGCACUCGCGCCGCUCCUCCUCCCUGCGGGUGUCCCGCAACGCGCUGCUGGGCGUGGGCUUCAUCUGGGUGCUGUCCAUCGCCAUGGCCUCGCCGGUGGCCUACCACCAGCGCCUCUUCCACCGGGACGUCAGCAACCAGACCUUCUGCUGGGAGCAGUGGGCCAACCAGCGCCACAAGAAGGCCUACGUGGUGUGCACCUUCGUCUUCGGCUACCUGCUGCCGCUGCUGCUCAUUUGCUUCUGCUAUGCCAAGGUCCUUAAGCAUUUGCAUAAAAAGCUGAAGAGCAUGUCAAAGAAGUCAGAGGCAUCGAAGAAAAAGACCGCGCAGACGGUUCUGGUGGUGGUCGUGGUUUUUGGGGUGUCCUGGCUGCCACACCACGUCGUCCAUCUCUGGGCUGAGUUUGGGGUGUUCCCGCUGACCCCAGCCUCCUUCUUCUUCAGGAUCACCGCCCACUGCCUGGCAUACAGCAACUCCUCGGUGAACCCGAUUAUAUAUGCGUUUCUCUCUGAAAACUUCAGGAAGGCUUAUAAGCAGGUGUUCAAGUGCCACGUUCACAAAGAAUCACCCCUUAAUGACACUAAAGAAAACAAAAGUCGCGUGGACACCCCACCCUCGACCAAUUGUACCCACGUGUGAGAAAAGGCAGAUUAGAAUAUUGUGAAUGUGGCAUUUCUGUGCUUGUGGACCAGACACACAAAAAAUACAACGCGGUAUUAAGCCAGACAACAACUUGUCUUGACGACAAUUCAUAUUCUAUUAAUUAAAUUCCGUUUGUGUUUAAACAGUACUUUGACCCACUUGGGAAAUCAUAGGUCUGGUGAAGAUUACUUCUGAAAGUUAUUUUAUUCCUAAAUUCUCUUCCCAAACAAAAGAGAAUGCUAGAGAUUUAUAUCUCUUGAGAAAUGAAAGUGUUAAAAAAAGAAAGUUUAACAGAAUUCCAGAGAUAAAUACGCUUAGUGUUUCAUAGGAUGAGGAAUAAGAACUUAUUAAAAACGGUCAGAAAUGUUUGUGAUCUAC